CAUGUCUCAAUCCCUAACAUCUUGCUGAAACAGGUACCGCUCUGUUAUUUCAUCGAGCAAGCAAUAUAGUAGGAAGGUCUCCCUUGCAUGUAGUGUGAUACUAUUGGUGGCAUCCAGUGUUGAUCGUAUUCAAUAUGACCAGUAGUCUCCACUUCAGCAGUGGGUUUGUGAUAGCCAAGAUAUCGGCAGUAGUCCUGCAGAGCAUCUACACCUCUUCAUCUCACUUCACUUGUCCCUCUCUCACUACAUCUUCAAUUUCACAAAGUUACAGACAUCAUGUGGCUCUCUCUUGUGUGCAGUAUUCUGCUGCCACUUGGGGUAGUCAACGCACAGUCUCAGUACCUCAAUGACAAAACCAAAGAAUUCGUCGUCAAUGGGUCUGCCCUUCCUUUCGUCGAUUUCGACAUUGGCGAGUCCUACGCGGGCUACCUCCCCAACACGCCUUCUGGCAUCUCGAGCCUAUACUUCUGGUUCUUUCCAUCUGCCGAUCCUAAUGCGUCCGAUGAGAUCACCGUCUGGCUGAAUGGCGGCCCAGGAUGCAGCUCUCUAGCAGGCAUCAUGCUCGAAAAUGGUCCCUUCCUCUGGCAACCUGGCACCUACCGACCCGUGCGCAACCCCUAUUCCUGGAACAACCUCACCAACAUUGUGUACAUUGAUCAGCCUGCUGGAACGGGAUUCUCGCUUGGUCCAUCUACGGUGGUCUCGGAAUUCGAUGUCGCAAGACAGUUUAUGGACUUCUGGAGGCGGUUCAUGAAAACGUUUGAUCUGCAGAAUCGAAAGAUCUAUCUCACCGGCGAGAGUUACGCCGGGCAGUAUAUUCCAUAUAUUGCCUCGCAGAUGCUGGACCAGGAUGAUGAUAAGUAUUUCUGGGUUGCUGGCAUCCAGAUCAAUGAUCCCUACAUCAAUGAGGUGUCAGUUUUGCAGGAUGUGCCUGCUCUUGCGACCGUCAACCAGCACCGCUCCCUUUUCCCCUUCAAUGACACCUUCAUGAGCCAAAUCACUCAGUUCUCUGAUGACUGUGGCUAUACUUCGUUCCUCGAAGAUGCCCUUACCUUUCCACCUCUUUCCAAAUUGCCAUCAGUGCCCUAUAAUGCUAGCUGCAACACCUGGGAAACCAUAAUCAACGCCUCGCUAGCUCUCAACCCAUGCUUCAACCGCUACCAUAUCCCCGACUCCUGUCCCACACCGUGGAACCCAGUCGGGGGUCCUGUCGUCGGCCAGGGUCCAACCAACUACUUUAACCGCAGCGACGUCCAGAAAGCCAUCAACGCUUACCCAACAGACUAUUUCGUCUGCAAGGAUGGAAUCUUCCCGACGGCCGACGGACUGGACACAUCUCCCCCAAGCUCCCUAGGACCGCUGCCGCGCGUCAUUGAACAAACUAACAACACCAUCAUCGCGCACGGCCUGAUGGAUUUUGAGCUCCUGGCGCAGGGAACCCUGAUCAGUAUCCAGAAUAUGACCUGGAACGGGAAGCAGGGGUUCGAGCGGGAGCCAGUGGAGCCGUUGUUCGUGCCGUAUGGUGGACCAUCGGGAGGAGGUGUGCUGGGAACGGCACAUACAGAGCGUGGAUUGACAUUUUCGACAGUAUUCAGUUCAGGACAUGAAAUCCCAGAAUAUGCACCGGGAGCAGCAUAUCGCCAGCUAGAGUUUUUGCUAGGGAGGGUCGCGAAUCUGUCAAUGAGCUGAUCGGGAGACAGACACCAAUUAAAAGCAAAAUGCAUAAUUGCAGGCAAUAAUUGAGCAGGUGCAGGUGACGGAGCAGAAUGGUCGAGCUAUCAGAUCGGAUAACUGUUCGGCAAUGAGAUUAGUGAAGCUAGACUAGCUCUGCUGAACUUUGCUUCUCCACCACAGCUAUCGCCAUUAUAAUCCAAUCAUCACUGUAAUUCUACCUU